AUGCAUUUGCUCCUCGUGCGACAUGGCCAGUCUAAGAACAAUAUACUGGAGGCUGAACAUGGCGCGGGGAAGGACUUCAACUCCAAAAGAUGUGUUGACCCUCCACUAUCAGACCUUGGCAAGCUGCAGGCACAGCUGCUGGGAAGGCGUUUGGGAGCUCAGCUUCGCAGGUCGAAGCAGAGAGUGCGGCUGAUGUGCAGCAGCAUGACGCGAGCUCUUCAGACAAUCCAGCCUUUGGCAGAAGAGUUGCAGUUGCCGGUGACGGUUCACCCAGAUGUCCACGAGGUCAAGGGCUUCUAUGACACGGCUGGCGAGGGCCUGGCCCAUGGACCCGGAAAGGAGGCAAUAGAACAGCGGUUCCAAGGCUUUGAUGCAUCCCUGAUUCCAGAAGGCCAAGGACCCGAAACCAUUGCGGAGGCUGCAGCUCGAGGUAUGCGAAUUGUUGAAACGUUGCAGAAGUGGGCUGAGACAAGCUCUGAUGAGGAUGUAAUCGUCCUGGUCUCGCACAAUGACUUCUUGGGAUUGAUCGGGCGACUCCUCCUCUUCCCGCUGGCGGGCAACAAUGUUGCUGACAUUGGAGCUGCGACCGAGCCGGAGCAGCUUUUCAAAGAGAGUUAUUGGCCGAUGAACAACACUGGCAUCAGUCACUUCGUCCUUGGUGUGAGGCCGCCUGCUGGCGCUUACCAGGUGAAUGUCUACAUGCUGUACUGGAACCGCAGUGACCACCUGAGCGAGCACCAGAGGAGUGGAGUCCAGCUGAAGAACAUUGGAUUCACAGCGUCGGCGGAGUGGGCUCGGGCACCUUGCCUUCCAAGUUCCAAGUUGCUUCCAAGUAACGUGCCAUGCUGCAAGGCUCGGUCUGAGCGACAAUUGCAAAGUUCGUCUUUCGAUUUCUCUGUACAUGUCAACCCUAAACCCUAA